CUCUCUCCCGCUCCCUGCUACCAACCAGCAGCACUGACUGAAGCAGCCGGCCGGCCUGCCUGCCUCCACACUCGAUCCAUCGUGUCCCUUGUUAUAGCUGUGAGCGAGCUCAGUGACAGUGGAGGAGGGUGAGCGCUGUCUACCUGCACACUGCCUCCACCUCUGCCUAAUGUUUUGACACUCUGUUGACGUGGGUUUGGAUACGUACACAGCCAGCCAGGGAAGACACCCGGAUUAAUACUCUGGUGGAUGUGGUGAGACGCUCAGCAACACCAAUUGGUCGAUGACCAGAGGCGUACCUUCAGGCCAGGAUGGGAUGCUGCAACUCCAAGAAACUGCCAGAUGAGGACAUCGAGUUCCUCGUGUCCAACACCAACUUUGAGAAGGGUGAAAUUCUCAAGUGGUACAAGGGCUUCAUGGAAGACUGUCCAGAUGGACAGCUGUCAAAGGAGAAGUUCAAGAAUGUCUACGCCAACUUCUUCCCGGGAGGAAAUCCAGAUGCCUUUUGUGAGCAUGUGUUCAGGUCAUUUGACCGUGAUGGAAGUGGGUCAAUAGAAUUCAAGGAGUUUCUAAUGGCGAUCAACAUCACAUCACAAAAAGGAAAAGCAGAGGACAAACUCAACUGGGCCUUUGACAUGUACGACAUUGAUGGUAAUGGAACCAUUGAGAAGAAUGAGAUGGAGAGCAUUAUAGAGGCCAUCUACAGCAUGCUGGGGAGCCAUCUGUCGGAAGAUGUCACAGACUCGCCAACAGUACGGACAGAAAAAAUAUUUGACACAAUGGACGUGAACAAAGAUGGCGUAUUGACAAAGGAGGAGUUUAUUAAAGGUUGUAUGGAGGACACGAUGUUGUACCAGAUGCUGACAGCAGAUGCAGAAGCCUCGAAGGAGUAAUACCACACUCUCAUUCCACAUGCCUCACCAGGAAAAUGGGCCUUAACAUGCAUUUUCAAAUCAAAAGAUAUAUGUAUUGGAUUUAUGCAAGGGAAAUAACUCUGUGCACAGAGAGAGAUGAGUAGGUGAGACAAAGGUCAAGGUCAAGAUCAUUCACAGGAAGUGAUUCUGUAACAACUGAUGUCAUCACUUUUCAAGAAUUAUAAAGAAGCAAACUGAACUCAGCCAAUACAGUUAUUAGCUUACCACUAACACAAAAAGGUAUUCUAAGUAUGUCUUCUAGCAAAAAGUACUUUUGAAUAUAAAACUACCAACAUUGAUCCAGCCAAUGCAGUUUGCAUUCAAUGAACAGUUUUAAGAGAAAUUGAGGGCAAUCAUUUUCGAGCUGUGUACCUUCCUGGUUUUUUUUCUCUGUAUGUAUAUAGAUAUGUGGAGAAAAUGUUUUUGUUACAAAGGUAAAUCUUACCUGAUGCAGAUGGAUUACCCGGAGAAAGAGCCCACAACAAAUUCAUGUAAUACGGACCAACUUCAUAUCACCAUGGCAACUGUUUGUAAGAGCAGGGCCCUGUCUUUGUGGUGGAAUCAUCAUGUUUGUAUGAAGUGUAUGCAUGGUGUCAUGCAUAUUGCAUAUGUCAGUGCUUUCUGUAGUAAGACCAGGCACCUGUAUAUAUGUGUACAGGUGCAGCUGGACAUAUUCUAGAGCAGCUUCUGGUGACCUCAGCCAGAUUGCAGCAGCUAUUAGCAUGACAGUUGCUUUAAAGGGGCUCUCUGAUCAUGGUGUAUCAUAAAGCUCAGCAAUGGAGUAGUUAAUGAAUAAAGUUCAUUGUGCUUGAAACAAGAUUGAAAGAUAUGAAAAUUUUAACAGUGGAAGUGCUUUACUGUCAUUCAAAGAGCCCCUUUAACAUUUUAGAUUUCCCUCCACACAUUCCCAAAACAGCAAGAUUUAUGUUGUUAUCCCCCGUUAAGGUUUGGAUGUGCAUAUACUGACAGAUAGAGCAGGAUAGUGGUUUAGUCGUGUCUUAUUUGAACACACUUUAUCAUGACUGGAAAACCAGAUUAUGUUUUACAAAUCUUUUAAUGUGACAUUACUCUAUCUGCCCUUUGCAAAGAUACCAGUCCUUUAUACAAAGGGAAUGCUCACAUGACGGUGAAUAGAUUUUAUAAACAAACCUUUCCUUACACUUCAUGUAAACCCAAAAGCCAGUAUGAAGUUUCUUGUUCAGAAAAGGUCAUUAUCAAAAUCUGAUCUUGCACUUUCAAGGCCUCUGUUCAUAGAAUCUUUUCGCAUAUUAUACUCACACAUUGACAAAUAUGAAACCAACAAAUAGUUUGCCAUUGCUUACAUACUAGAGUUUGCAUGAAGAUGUCAAACCGGUUUUGUGUUGUAUUUCCCCACCUAGACAGGUUCCUGGUUUAGUUGUACCAGCUCAUGUCAUUCAACUUGUGUCCUUUCCGGAGGAGAUACCACAUCAUUCAUCUUUUUAAUACUUUUGUUUCCAGCCCAAGAGCUGCUGUAUGUUCACAUUUUGCAUAUCUAUGUCAUCUACCCACCAGGAGAAGGAAUAUUCUGCACAUGUUGUGUCCAGAAAACAGAAUGCCAUAUCCUGCCUUCAAGAAGCAGAAUGGCAUGUUGUGUGUUCUGGAGAUGAAAUGGCAUGUUCUGUGUUCUUGAGGUGAAAUGGCAUGUUCUGUGUUCUAGAGGUGAAAUGGCAUGUUCUGUGCUCUGGAGGUGAACUGCCAUAUUCUGUGUUCUAUGGUUGUAGAGGAUGCUUGUGGAGGGUGAUUAGCCUACUUGUGGCUGGUGGGCAAGGCAGAUGCCACCUCUGAAUGAGUGAUGCCAUCUUGACACUUUGUCAAACCGUUAUCACAUUUCAGCUGAAUAUAUUCAUAUAUAUAUAUUACUUGUACUCUCUGUGGAGUUUAUGUAAGUCUCAAAUGUCUGUCCAUGAUUGUGUUCGCGAAUGUGUGAACACCACACUGACAUGAAGAGUAAACAGUCCACUAUCUCUGACAACAUCGGAAUAUCACACAUGCAUAAGAAACAACUUGCAUUCACUGAACAGACCUGAAAGAUGGGCUUUCUUUUCUUAUCAUCUCAAACUUUUCCAUAUAUUUCAAAAUUUUCGUAACAUAUGAGCCAAUUGGAUUAUGACUGAAGCAAGAAAACAAUGUCUGACGACAAAGGAAGUGAUAAAUUCUUCCACUUGAAUCGUAAUUUGACCAUCUUCCCUGAAGGCUGCUGGACCUUUUACGAAUGCUUCAAAGUUCAUUGAUUCUCUAGAACACUGCACUAUCAAUAUUUUAUAAGUGCUUCAGGGCUGUAAACAUGCCGGCUCAGAAGCUUAUGAACAAGGGUAACUCCAUUCUGUUUGUUACCAGCAUGGCUGGGGACUCUACAUUGUUGCAUAUAGAGGUUGUAUCUCAUGUCCGCUGUUACCACUGCACGCAGCAGGCUUGUUAUCUGAAAUAUAUCACCUCAACACCAGGCAACAAUCAGUCACAAUGACCUACCUAAUCAGAUUCUAUUAGGCAUCAAACACAUAACUGCAGUGUAAAUUUUAAGAAAACUCAAGUAGGAUCUUGUGUUGUUUACUCUUCCAUCUGUUGAGUUUCUUUGACCUGAAACUGAAAACUGAAAAGGAAAGAAGUUAAAACAAUUUUGAGAGAUUGGCUGACAAAUUUAACAUGGCAAAACAAAUACUUAAGUUGCAAUUUAGUGCUUUUAACUUGGCCUCCAUGAUCAUUUGUAAAACACAGAAUCUGUUGCAGGCAUUAGUUACAAUCUAAACGGUAUCAAGUAUUUGUUUAGAAUGGAGCCAGAUAUGUUUCUUUACAAAAAAUUAAAUGAUGCCCUCAUGAUGCAGUAGAAUUAAUUUUUAAUACUGUAUGGUAGUUCCUCUGUGCUAACAAUCUAAAUGAGCAUUUCAUUGUAUCUUGCUUCAAGUUGAAUGUGUGAGUGGUUUGCUUUCCUGAGUCAUGUAAAAAAAAUGUGCCCCCUUCCCCAAGCUGAUGUCAGUAAAGUAAAUUUGAUACUUUCUUGCAAAAUACAGUGAAAUGUUGGUGUAUGGCCUGGUGAAUCUUGAAAUGAAUCAUUCAUUAGUGCACUUGUCAAUGCUGUGUGUGCCAAAGUGUACUGCACCAGCCUGGCAUGGCCAUCAACAAGGUAACAGUAAUGGUGUUCGGGCUGAUUACAUCAACUGUGAAAGGCAAGAACUGUCUAUCUACUUUAUUGAAGGUUCUGCUUCCUAUGUUAGCACACAUCUCUCACCACAUCAAUUACACGCUGCAAAAUCAUCAUCAAACUACUUUAUAAAGCCAUUAGAUAAGUAUGUUGGGUCUUCAUUAAUCAGGAACUAGGGAAAUCUGAAACAAAAUUGAGCUUGGUGUAUCUUGGCAAAGUGUCUUCAUACAUGUUUUCAUACCAAUUAUCCAAAAUACUGUUGUUCAACAUUGGCUAAAGCAUAAUCCCAGUCUGUGAACAAACACCGAGGUCAUGACCUUGGGUUAUGCAGGUAUAUUGAAUUACUCAUUCAUGGGUGAGGUGAUCAUAUAGUUUUCAUGACAUAUCGAUUAACGCACAUUUUGACUGUUGUCAAGCAAAAAGUUACCUCAAUGUAGGUUAAAAACCAGGGAAACAUGAUAUGAUCGGUUGAGAGUAUGUUUGUAAGUACCCUGGGGAAGACGUCACAAUAUCUUCUGUCAGAAGUUGCUAGUGGUUUCCUUGCACUGUGUAUUGUGCUUUUAAGAUAACGUUUCCAGUAUCUUUGAUAUUGUUUUGUGUCUGUGGUUACGUGUCUCACUCAAUUUGUAAUGUGAGAAAUCAGUGGCAGCUUGCAGGGGAGGAUUCUGACAGACAUGAGGACACUGGCAAAAUAUGUGUUUUUUGUGACCCCUUUCUAUAUUAUGUGAUGGAAACUAUAUUAUAUAUAUGAGAGACUGGUUUGUUACCAAGGAUCAUUGGUUGUACCACCAAUUGGGUUGGAGGAAGCUGUUUAUCAAUCACCUUACAGAGAUUGGGAUUUUGCAAGACAUUUGUGAAAUAGGAAAACUAAAUGUUGAAAUUCUGUGAAUAGUUCUUGUAACAUCACAUUGAUGGACACUUCAUUUGGCUGAUUGAAUGUAAUCUUUUGAACUGAGACAAAAUACACAAGUUCACAUUUUGUUUUUAUAGAAAAUACCAGGGUUCCGACCCCAUGACAUAUCAAUGAAAUGGUGAAGAGAUGUCAGCAGCAUUCCUACAAGCUGAUCUACACGCAUCGUUGUACUUGCUGUCGGGACGGAACAUCCUGUCAGUAGACAUCAGUCCAUUGAUUCCCAUAAUACUCUAGACUGACAUGCACUUCAAGACACUCAUUGGGCAAUGAAGCUCCGGUGUGGAGCAUUUAACUGGCUUCAUAUUGCAUGAUUACAGUGUUAAAAGGAUUCACAGCAUUGGUUUGAUGUUAAUGGAAACAGUUUUUGCAGAUAUAUUUGACACAAUGUAAUUAGGUUUCAGAAAAAAAGCAAACUUAUAACACUUCCUGACAAGAGAGUUACCAUGUGUUAAUACUUCCUGAUAACUGUUUAGACUAUGUUAGAGGGAAAAUGUUCUGUUUUUGAAUUAUAUAUCACAUUUGCCAUCAGAACUUCAUAGUUUAUCAUGCACUAGUUAUUUGGGUGAACAUAUUUUUGUUCCUAGAUAUAAACUGUUUCAUGCCUAAUGAUCUUUUUAAGUAGAUGUAUGAACUUUGGCCAUGCAUACACAUCCCAUCUCUGACAGUGUAAAUUCAAUUAUUCUUCGGGAACAUUGGCCAUCUUCAUGUCAGUAUGUGUUGUAUGGAAAUGUGAGAUGUCACAGUUGAACUGUCAACCCAUCUGUGGCUAUACUACCUAGGAAGUUCUUCCCAUCAGUGGCUAUGCCAUGUAGGCAGUUCUUCCCAUCAGUGGCUAUACUACCUAGGCAGUUCUUCCCAUCAGUGGCUAUACUACCUAGGCAGUUCUUCCCAUCAGUGGCUAUGCCAUGUAGGCAGUUCUUCCCAUCAGUGGCUAUGCCAUGUAGGCAGUUCUUCCCAUCAGUGGCUAUGCCAUGUAGGCAGUUCUUCACCCAAGGGGUAAAUGUGUAGGUU